AUGAAUGUUAUACCGUGAGCUAGAAUAGAACGAAUUAUCUUCCUAUUUGCACCCAUGUUAUUAUCUGAGCUAGCGGGUUAAAGAGGUACAGAAGGUAAGUCCUAAGUAUUUUGAAGAGAGAAAAAGAAGAUUUUUCACACCGACACGAACCUGAAAAAUUACUGUUAUUUUGUAAAGGGAAACAUCCACGGCAAAAUGGCGUACCUACGUUCAGUUUGUUAGGAAACCUUUACCAAAAUAACGAUAAAUUGCGAGCAAGUUAAGGAAACCGCCGCAAAUGGCACCCAAUCGGUGGGCUUCGAACCAUCAACGCCUGUAAAGAAGAGUUUCAUGCAAAUUAUACCAGCAGAGCAACGAAGAAACUUUUUAAGAAACAAGAAAAAAGAAAAUCAAAUAUUACAAUCAUUUUAUGGAAUUACGGUCCGGGUUUAAGAAAGCUGAUCGAGCAAUACAGAAAAACAAAAUGGAGGGCACACAAGCGAGUGAGGACAUCGUUUUUAGUCAAGAAAGCCAAGAAAUUUUAGAAGCAGCUCCAGUAGCCCAUGCACACAAGCGAGUGAGGACAUCGUUUUUAGUCAAGAAAGCCAAGAAAUUUUAGAAGCAGCUCCAGUAGCCCAUAUACAAAAUAUGGAUUUGUCAAUCUUAAUGAAAGCAAUACAGGGAAUGCAACAAGAAAUGAAAACAGGACAAGAAGAAAUGAAAGCAGGACAAGCACAUCUAGAAAACAAAAUGGAAGCAGGACAAGAACAGAUUAUCAAAACUCAAGAAAAGAAUAUCGAACAGUUACGAAACGAAAUAAGAGGUCAAAAACAAGAAUGCGAACGAAGAUUUACGAUUCAUGAAAAGAAAAUUGAAGGCUUACAUCAGCAGCACGUUGGUUUCACACAGCAGGUGGACUACGAGUUCAAGAAAGUAGAACACCAGAUAGCAAAACAGGAAAAAAUAACUGAUCAGAAGAUAACUGACCUCGACAACAAAGUGGAAAGAAACACAGAAGAAAUUGAAGAGAUAAAAGAAAAAAUAAAAGAAGAGAAACCGAUUAAUACACAGAAGGCGAGUACGAUCAUUUACAAAACUGAGGGAUUAACAACAUUGAAACCAAAGAAGUUUGAUGGAAGCUUCCGAAGUGUGCACCCGGUUAAUUUUUUGAAAUCCCUAGAGAAUUAUUGGAUGAAUAUGCAUCUCAAAGAACAGAAAAUGAAUAUAAUGGAAGAUUAUUUGGAGGGAUGUGCUAAAGCGUGGACCGACCUACAUCAAAGCGAAUGGAGAAAUUUUAAAGAAUUCAAGAGAGAAUUUUUGGAACAAUUUUGGUCAACGGAGAAGCAAAAUAAAAUCCGGCAUCAACUAAAUACGCCCAGACUAUAUAAUGCAAGGAAUGGAAGUUACACGGACCAUGUGUGGUACUGGGUAUCGAAAACUGCACACCUGGAACCAAGAAUAAAGGAAGAUCAGCUAAUAGAAGCACUAGUAGAUCAUUUCCCAAGAGACAUCCAGAUGGUACUAUAUGCGGCCCAAGCAAAAACGAUCAAGAAUUUGACAGAAAUUUUAGAAAAAAUUCAAGAAACUAAUAGAGAUUGGAGAAGAGAUUCAAACAGGCCAGAAACAAGAGAUCAAGAUCAAAGACCUUAUCAAAACCGAAACCGAGAAAAUCAAGACAGAAGAGAAAAUAGACAACAGUAUGAAAGAAGAGAUCAAGACCAAAGAAAUUACCAAAACCGAAAUAAUUAUCAACAAGACAAUAGAAGAGAGGCCAACCCAGUGAAUUAUGGAAGGGGACGAGGAAAUUAUGGAGCAUACAGCAGAAGUUAUGAUGACCGAAGGCAACAUGAAGGAGCUGUAGAUAAUCAGCCAAGAAGAAACGACCAGGGAAACUAGAUGCUACUGGACAAGGAGCUCCACUUGGCCAGCAGCAACAACAGCAGGAGCAGC